AUGCACGAAUUCGGACGGCGGCCGCCUAUUUUGAAAGCCUAUCGGAUUUCACAAUUUUCAGACACUCUUCUUGGCUCGAGAUGCAUGGCACCAUUCGAUUCCGAUCGCUCACUUCCUCUCCACACAGCCAUCAUAAUGCAUAUCGAAUCUUCUAGCCGUGUCCGUGUUCUUUUCUCUCAUCCAACUUGCCCAGCAAUGAAACCAUGUUCCCAUUUUUUGGCAUCCACUUGUCGAUACAAUGAGAAUUGUCGGUUCAGUCAUGGCUAUUCAGUAGAAUUGGAAAGAAUCGAAGAUUAUCAAGAGCCGGAUUUUAUGUCGAUUGUAGAGCAAGGUCUUGUACUAGUCAAAGGUUCUUCAGAACUUUGGGAAAUAGGAAGAAUCAGUGCGAUCGAUGGACAGAACGUUGCAGUAAAGUUAUUGAAAAGUGGAAGUGAGGUAUCGUCAAAACGGAAAGACUUGGUUCCAUUGGGAGAAAUCGAAGAGGAAGUAAAGAAAGACGAAUCGUGGAAAGAGCUAAAAAAAGAGACACUUGGAAACGUAUCAGUUGGAGAGUCAGGAAAUUGGAAUGGUGGGGGAAUCGGGAUGAAACUGAUGGCUAAGAUGGGAUACAAGGUUGGCGAAGGUCUAGGAAAACGAAGUGAUGGGAUUGUGCAUGCUAUUCAAGCAAGAAUCUGUGCGAAAAAUGCUUCCCUUGACGAAGUGAUGACACGCAAACGGAGAGUUGUUGACGGAAAGGAUAAAUCGAAACGAAUUAAGAUUCUGAAAACGUCCGACGAAUCCGAAAAAGACAUUUUUGCGUUCAUCAACCGAAAAUUGGAGACAAAAUCCGAGCGAACAAUGGCAGAUGUACGGAAAGAGAAAGAGGAAAUGGCUGGAUACACUUCAAAAGCUCUCGGCUCUAAAAAACUCGAUCUGGAAUCAGAGCUGAAACAGUUGCUGGGGAAGCAAAGAAAAUUGAACGACGGAAUUCGAAGGAACAAAAAUGAUAAGAAUACAGUGCUAAAAAUGAGCAUAUCUCUUCGAGAAGUCGACAACCAAAUCGCCAGUGUAAACCGGAAAUUGAGCAGAGUGAAAAAUGAAGUCAACUCUCGAAAUUCCAAGAAGAAAGACGAGUUUUAA